UGCGUAAUCCACCGCCUGUCUGUCUUGGAGUGCCUUAUGUAAAGGAAUGGGCAGAGGCUUGUGUACGAUUCUAUGACAUAGAUGCAACUCGAUCACAUCUUCAUGCUUGCGCGGAAGUGGAAGCAAGAAUGAAACACUUUCUCAUAGCAAAAUAUGAAUUGGGAUGUUUUGACAUAGGUCCUAUUACAUUGAAAGCUAGUGCAGGAGAACAACAAUAUGCAAAUGAGCCACCAUCUGUUAUGCUAGUGUGAGGGAAAUCUAUGAGAAAUUGUAUAGCAUUUAUUUUUGUAUUUUCUUAUUAAUGGUUAAAAUUUAUUUGCGAGAUUAAAUGGAAUUUAGUUUGAGAUUAAAUGGAAUUUGGGAGAUUUCAAGAGAUCUGACUGUAGUUCUUUUUCUGUUAUAAAUUUUUACUAUAUUGGGUUUCUAAGAAAACCAUUAUUAUUCAAUGACUUCCUGUGAUUUUUAUUCUUUUUUAAUUUUGAAGUAGGUAGUGUGUUAAUAGUGUAUAAAUUGCUGUGGCUACUCGUUGAAUCUCUUUCUUCAACUUCUUAUUCUUUAUUGGAAAUAAAUUUCUAGUCAAGAAAAGUCAUGUGGAAAAGAUCUUUUGUGACUUUGAUCCUUUUCUAUUUUCAUUUUAAUGUCAUCUCAAACACAGGAAAAUAAAAACCCGAUAUUAUCAAGCUCCUAUCGUAGUCCCAAAAAUGUUUUUACUCAAAAAAGCAUCUUUGUUUUAUAAAGAAAUUUUUAAGCUGUAAACGAAGAACUGUAUGAAAUUAUUUUUUAUUAUCAAUUUAAUUUUCUGAUUGGUAUUUACAGACUGUACAAGUACAAUUGUAAGUGAUUUUUACUUUCUUUUGUGAUUUUUGUAUUAUUGAUGAGUUUCUAUUUAAAAUUUAAUGUUAGUUGAAAUGUGGUCUUGAGUUAUUUCAAAUAAAUUAGAUGAAAUAUGAAACCAAUGUAAAAAUUUUAUUUUAUAAUCUAUGUACUUAGAUUUAAAAAUUAAAUUAGACAGAAUUUUAAUCUCAAUUGUGAUAAUUAUUUGAAGGUUUUUAAUAUGCAUUUAAUUCUUUGGGUCAUUUAAAGAAUGGAAAUGUUUGUGAUAACUGAUUGAUUAUGAUAUUUAAUCAUGUGAACUGUUUUUAUAUUAUAGUUAUUAGGGGUCUUAGACCAAUUUGUAGCAAGUUGUAAUAGCUGGCUUUGUAAUGUUAAAAUUCAAUAUUGGAUAAAGAUUUUUUUCUGUAAUGUUGUUGCUUCAUUUAUGAAUGGGAGAUAUUCUAUUUCAUUCAAUUUCAACAGACCUUUUACUUCAGGAAAUUACCUCAUUGUUAAAUCCAAUAAUUUACGAUCAUUGGGUAAUUUGUCAGGGUGUAAUAAAACUCAGCAGUAUUCAAAAAUUAAUAGUGAGAUUUCACAAACUAUUUCUGUUAAAAAUAGUAAAAGAAUGGUUUGUGAUAUUUACUCCUUGUGUAAAUUUUGGAAUGCAUCAAUACACUUUUCCCAAUUUGAUUUUCAGCUCUUGCGUAAUCCACAAAAUUUCAUUUAUCAUUCUGAGACACUUCUCAGAAUUAGGUAGUCUAAAUGAGUGAAAUUGAAGGACAAAGUCUAAUCUCGCAUCCAUGAAGGUUAAAGUUUAAUUUUGCAUCCAUUUUUGUGUAUUUUAUUUCUUCACUUAUGCCAUUAUUAAGUUGUUUUAUUAUAUCAUCAUUUCUAAGAAUUUUGAAUUUUGCAAACCUUCAAUUAUAUUUUGAACCUCUCACACACAUUUUGUACGACUAGAAUUUUCGGCAAGAAAUUUGGUACUUCAUAUAAAUGAUUCUGCAUUAUCUAAAUUCUAAAUGAUCUUUUUAAAAUGUUUUUGAAAAUACCAAUAGUUUUUGAUAGCUAUAAAAUUGAACUGAAAUAGCUUUUUAAAAAGAAUUAAAUAAAAUUUUCUCCAAAUUAGUUCCAAUUUAGAAAAUUUUUUUUUUCCGCGAAUGGAUAAAGUGUUUUAGAAUAAUGAAUCAUAAACCAGUAGUACUGUUUUCAUUAAAAAUUUCUGAAUUUUAAAAAUUUAAAAAUAUAUAGUAAUUUUAACCUUCGGUGCACUUCUACUAGAAUUUACAAUGAGGCUGAAGUUCAUGGUUUAAUACAUUCUUGAGUACAAAUGUUUUGAAUGAUCUUUUAAAUAUUUUCAUAUUAUAUUUACAGUUUUUGGAUGUUGUUGGUAGGCUUUAGCUUGUAAAGAGCUGUUGUCCCAAAGUACAUUUAAAGUUUUUGGGAAAAAGUUAAUAAAAAUUACUGAUGUUUUAAAAUGCUCAAAGGACAUUCAUAAAAAUUGUUGUAUAUGUAAACUUAAAAAUAUUAGGUAAUUUCUGUUAAUGUAUCAGGUGUCUGAAAAGUUAAGAAAACCAGAAAUAGUAGAUUUUUAUUGGAACAGUAUUGUUGUAACAAAAAUUAAGCCAUUUUGCCUACAGAAAUAGUUUCUACAUUUUUGUUGUGCAACAUUGUGUGGGAGCAGGCAGAAGAGGUUAGUAGGGUGAAGAGCUGCAAAAUAAAAUCUUUUAAACAAAUGCCCAUACAAUGCCAAAUAAUCAGCUAGUGAAAUAUAUUUUGAAGAGUCAGUUUUAUUGAACAGUUGUUCAAAAAUGAAAUACUACUUAUAUAGGAAUCAAUUAUUGGUGCCUGCUACAAGAAAAAAUAUUGAUAUCUGUGAUAAAAUUUCAUAAACUCUACCUUAAUUGUGAAGUAAAAUUUUGACAGAAGAUUCAUGAAGUUGAAUGAUAUUUGAAUAAAUUGUUACUUCUGUAUGUUAUUGUGCAAAGAAAUAAUUACAUGAACUAAGUUGAUAACAGUUUUUUUGUUAAUAAAUCUGAUUAAUCUUGAAAGUGUUUUUUUGCAUAUAUGAUGUAAGUAGUGCUCCUCAUUGUUUCAAUUCUAUCUGGUAAUUUUUAUCUGAAGACCUUUAACUUUAAUAAUUUUGAAUUCAACUUUAAAAAGGUAUAUAAAAACGAAUGGCGCUACAAGAGCCUACGCUUUCUUGUAUUAUUUGAAAAAUAUAUUUGUAAAGCUACUUUUAAAGAAGAUUCCC